AGCCGUGGCCCGCGACGCGGAUCCCGGGGUAGGUGCAGCGAGCUUGAGGGCGCGGGCAGGGGCCAUGGCCCCGGGGGGCCGCUGAGCGCGGACCGGCCCGCCCGGAGCCUCGCGGCCGCCGCCGCCACCGCCGCUGCCACCGCCGCCGCCGCCGCCGCCGCCGCCGCCCGGGAGCCCAGGCCCCGCCGCGGCGAGAGGAGGUGUCCAGAGAGCCCAGACUGCUUCCUGGGCUCUAGGCCCCUCCCACAAUGCUUGUCGCUGGAUUUCUCCUUUGGACUUUCCUACUGACCGGGGCCUGGCCAAGCACCCCCACCCAGGACCCUAUCCCGGCCACGCCCCGGGUCCGGCUCUCCUUCAAAGAGCUUAAGGCCACAGGAACCGCCCACUUCUUCAACUUCCUGCUCAACACCACUGACUACCGAAUCUUGCUCAAGGACGAGGACCAUGACCGCAUGUACGUGGGCAGCAAGGACUAUGUGCUAUCCCUGGACCUACACGACAUCAACCGCGAGCCCCUCAUUAUCCACUGGGCUGCCUCCCCACAGCGCAUUGAGGAGUGUGUGUUGUCAGGCAAAGAUGGCAAUGGAGAAUGUGGGAACUUCGUCAGGCUCAUCCAGCCCUGGAACCGAACGCACCUGUAUGUGUGUGGGACGGGCGCCUACAAUCCCAUGUGCACCUACGUGAACCGUGGCCGGCGUGCACAGGCCCCGUCAUGGACCCAGACGCAGGUGGUCAAAGGCCGAGGCAGCAGAGCCACGGAUGGUGCCAUUCGCCCAACGCCCACGGCCCCACGCCAGGAUUACAUCUUCUACCUGGAGCCUGAGAGACUCGAGUCAGGGAAGGGCAAGUGUCCAUACGACCCCAAGCUGGACACAGCCUCCGCCCUCAUCAAUGAGGAGCUCUAUGCUGGUGUGUACAUCGAUUUUAUGGGCACCGACGCAGCCAUCUUCCGCACUCUCGGAAAGCAGACGGCCAUGCGCACAGACCAGUACAACUCCCGGUGGCUCAAUGACCCUUCAUUCAUCCAUGCUGAGCUCAUCCCUGACAGUGCAGAGCGCAAUGACGACAAACUCUACUUCUUCUUCCGUGAGCGGUCAGCAGAAGCUACGCAGAGCCCCGCUGUGUACGCCCGCAUCGGACGCAUCUGCCUGAAUGAUGAUGGCGGUCACUGUUGCCUGGUCAAUAAGUGGAGCACAUUCCUGAAAGCCCGGCUUGUCUGCUCUGUGCCCGGCGAGGAUGGCAUUGAGACUCACUUCGAUGAGCUCCAGGAUGUGUUUGUCCAGCAGACCCAGGACGUGAGGAACCCAGUCAUUUACGCUGUCUUUACCUCUUCAGGCUCCGUGUUCCGAGGGUCUGCUGUAUGUGUCUACUCCAUGGCCGACAUCCGUAUGGUCUUCAAUGGGCCCUUUGCCCACAAGGAAGGCCCCAACUACCAGUGGAUGCCCUUCUCAGGAAAGAUGCCCUAUCCCCGGCCUGGCACAUGUCCUGGCGGGACCUUCACGCCAUCCAUGAAGUCCACGAAGGAUUACCCGGACGAAGUGAUCAACUUCAUGCGCAGCCACCCGCUUAUGUACCAGGCCGUGUACCCACUGCAGCGGCGCCCCUUGGUGGUCCGUACGGGGGCUCCCUACCGCCUCACCACCGUCGCUGUGGACCAGGUGGAUGCAGCCGAUGGGCGCUAUGAGGUGCUUUUCCUGGGCACAGACCGCGGGACAGUACAGAAGGUCAUCGUGUUGCCCAAGGAUGACCAGGAGGUGGAAGAACUCAUGUUGGAGGAGGUGGAGGUCUUCAAGGAGCCAGCCCCCAUUAAAACCAUGAGCAUCUCUUCCAAGAGGCAACAACUGUACGUGGCCUCGGCCGUGGGAGUCACACACCUGAGCCUGCACCGCUGCCAGGCUUACGGCGCUGCCUGUGCCGACUGCUGCCUGGCCCGGGACCCGUACUGUGCCUGGGAUGGCCAGGCCUGCUCCCGGUACACAGCCUCCUCCAAGAGGCGGAGCCGCCGUCAGGAUGUCCGGCACGGGAACCCCAUCAGACAGUGCCGUGGGUUUAACUCCAAUGCCAACAAGAAUGCCGUGGAGUCUGUGCAGUAUGGCGUGGCGGGCAGCGCCGCCUUCCUUGAGUGCCAGCCCCGCUCACCCCAAGCUACGGUGAAGUGGCUGUUCCAGCGAGACCCCAGUGACCGGCGCCGGGAGAUCCGUGCAGAGGACCGCUUCCUGCGCACAGAGCAGGGCUUAUUGCUUCGUGCCCUGCAGCUCGGUGAUCGCGGCCUCUACUCCUGUACGGCCACCGAGAACAACUUCAAGCACGUCGUCACGCGGGUGCAGCUGCAUGUCCUGGGCCGCGAUGCCGUCCACGCUGCCCUCUUCCCCCCCCUGGCCGUGAGCGCCCCUCCACCCCCCGGCGCAUUCCCCCCGACACCUCCGUAUCAGGAGCUGGCCCAGCUGCUAGCCCAGCCAGAAGUGGGCCUUAUCCAUCAGUACUGCCAGGGUUACUGGCGUCACGUGCCCCCGAGCCCCAGGGAGGCUCCGGGGGCCCCUAGGCCUCCCGAACUCCAGGACCAGAAAAAACCUCGGAAUCGACGGCAUCACCCGCCAGACACUUGAGGCCAACUGCCUGAGCCCCGCAUCGGGCCAGCCUAGCCCUCAUCCCUUUUAAUAUAAAAGAUAUAUAUAUAUAUAUAAAUAUAAAUAUAAAAAAAUCUAUAUUCUAUACAUACCCUGCCCCUGCAAAGACAGUAUUUAUUGGUGGGUUGUAUAUAGCCUGCCUCAGUGGCACCAUCAUCCAGAACUUAGACCCAUUGUGGGUCAAAGACAGCAAAGAACUGAGCCCACCCAAUCAGGCCCAGCAAGUUGGCAGAGGCCCGGCCAGCACCCGCCUCCUGCAAGUCCUCAGACUCCGCCGGAAGUCUGCACGCACCACCGCCAUUGCCCCGACCUGCAGGACACACGGAGGUUGUGGGCCCCCCUGCUCGCAGGGGACUCGAACUGCACACCUUCGCUGAUGUGUGUGUGUCACCGGCUGUGCUGUGGCUUAGGCACAGAUAACCAAGACUGCUUGGGAGUCUGGGGGUGGGGGCUCAGGGCACCCAGAGAAGGGAAGAAGGGGGGGCUGUCCUAGGAUGCUGACCCCUGCCUGGGUCGAGGCUUCGGCCAUGGCCAGUCCUUCCCAGGUAUUUAUUCUCUAUUUAUUGGAGACAGGAGGAGAGGCGCCCUGCCCAGGUGGGGCAGGGCCUUCCGCUCCUGUCCCCUGCCUCACUCUACCUCCUUAGCUUUCCUGUGCCACUUUAACUCAGUGACGGGGAGAACGGCAGUGGGGCCCCAUGCAGGCAGGACUGAAGGGAGCCCUCGGCUCUGAGGGGAGACAGGCCACGGUGCAAGCCUGGGCCUGCAUGCUCCCCCCCUUUCCACCCCCCCCCCAGGGCUCCUUCUACCCACGCUUCGAGUGAUGGGCACAAAAGCUCUGGGAAGAGUUGGGUAGAUGGGUGGGGGCUCCCGGCAGCCCUCUGCUGCCCAGGCCACGGGUGUCCUUGGGUUCCAUCUUGCUAAUAAACACUGGCUCUGGGACUAGA